AUGACAUCGAAUUUUAUGAAAUUCAGCAGUCUAAUGAUCGGGAAAUUCACCCGUGUGGCCACUUUGCCUGCUCAUCACACUGAUUUGGUCCAAAGAGUUUCGAUUCUGAGAAACAAGCUUUUAGCUAUUGGUAACAGUAAGGAAAAGUUCGAUAGCGUUUUGGAUCAGGAUGGUCAAUGGUUGUUUAGGAGUUAUCGUGAUGGUGCUGGAAUCAUUGAGCUUAUGGACCAACUCUUUCCUCGCCAUUACUUGGCUCUUCAGGUUUUAGAGUGGAGGAGAAGACAGGUAGAUUGUUGUAUCCCUUUGACAUCGGAAGAGUAUGCAAAAGGAAUCAAAAUUGCGGGCCGAGCUCGAGACAUUAACCUUGCGGUCUAUCUAUUCAAUGAGGCAGCUAGGAAACGAAUUCAGACGACUUCAGUUUACAAUGCUUUGAUGAGUGCUUACAUGUGCAACGGGCUUGCCGAGGAAUGCCAGUCACUUUUUAGAGAUUUCAAGAGGCAGACGCAUUGUGCGCCGACCGUUGUGACUUAUAAUAUUCUAAUAUCAGUCUAUGGUCGACUUCUGAUGGUAAAGAAUAUGGAAGCAGCUUUCGAAGAAAUACACAAAUUAAAGCUUUUUCCGAAUUGUGGCACUUACAACUGUCUCAUUGCUGGUUACCUGACUACCUGGAAGUGGGAUAAAAUGGAAGCUACUUUCCGAGAAAUGAAGACGGGUCCAGUUGAGCCUGACACCGAUACGUAUCUGCUAAUGCUUCGAGGGUAUGCAAAUUCAGGGAAUUUGAGUAAGAUGGAAGAAAUCUAUGAAUCGAUUAAAUAUCAGGAUGGUUUGAACAGAGGUCCUUUGGUCAGGGCCAUGAUCUGUGCAUAUUGUAAGAAAGCUGUUGCAGGUAGAGUCGAAAAAAUUGAAAAUUUACUGAGUCUUCUCUCUGGGGAGAUGUAUUUUCCUUGGUUAAAUGUGCUUUUGAUUCGACUAUAUGCUCAAGAAGACAUUCUGGAAGCAAUGGAGAGUAAAAUUAACGAGGCAUUUGAGCAUAAGACAUGUGUUAAUAAAUCAAGUAUUAUGAGGGCAAUCAUUUUAGCUUACUUCAGGUGUAAUGAAGUUGACAAUCUUACUACUUUCAUCAAGCGCGCAGAGUCUGCUGGCUGGAAACUAUGCAGAUCUCUCUACCACUGUAAGAUGGUAAUGUAUGGCUCUCAAAAACGGUUUGAAGAAAUGGAAAGCGUUGUAAGUGAGAUGGAAGAGACUAAUUAUGGGCUUGUAACUAAAACGUUCGCCAUUAUGUACAAGGCUUAUAAAAGACAUGGAAUGGAGUCAAAUGCUGAUAAAGUGAUGGGAAAGAUGCUGAAACAUGGCCAUCGAACUCAAUCGGCUUUAGAUGCUCCUUAA